AUGUCUUCCGUAUCCACGCUCCGAGAGCUUGCAAAGCAGGUCUCUGAAACCAUUUCAGACGACGAUUUGUCCGGUAGUACGUUUGCUAUUGGCGGCGAGGUUCCUAUCGAGCAGCCUCAAGGCGAUUCUAGCCCUACAGCUCAGGUCGCAUCUUCUUCGGUCGUUCUUCGGUGGGACAAUCCAGCGGAACAUCCUGGUCCCCAACGAGUGUCUUUCCCAGUCGCUUCAGAUGACGACGCCGUCGCGUUCAAGCACCUCCUCAAAGCCUCUGAGAAGGCUACAUUCGGGCUCAACGGACGGCACUAA